UAAGAUUCACAACCAACAAUUAGUAAACUGUUGAUUUAAAGAAAUAUUUGUUUUUUCUGGCAAGCGAUAACAAAGUAGAGAUUAGAAGAGAUGAACGUGUCUGUGCCUAUGUAAUGCUGUGGAAAUCGCCAGUUUAUGCGUAUCUCGUUUAUCUAACCAAUAUAUAAACAACAAAAAAAAUAAUUUCAAGCGAUUGUGAUAAUCUUAUUAAAGCGAUAGAGGAGGACGAGGUGUUAUCUAUCAAUCGAAUUACUAAUUUAUACUUUUACCAGCAUUUAGCUGAGUUACCACACUUAAUCAGUUGUUGUCUUGUGUGCACUUCAGUUGUUAUAUAUUUUCAAUUGAAAAUGGCUUUAUCACGACCGAUUUACAAUUUGCUCGGCCUUUAUUUCGAACAACUUUUCAAUCAUCCAUUGCGAACAAAGUCCAUCACAAGUUCGGUACUAGCAACAUCAGCCAAUUAUGCAUCCCAAAGAAUUGGUGGUGGGAAAUCGAUUAACAAAAAUACUCUAGUGGCUUAUGGAAUGUUUGGGCUAGUAUUCGGAGGGUCCUUUCCUCACUACUUCUACAAAUACGUCGAAGAGUUUCUGCAGAACGCUGGCAAAGCGAAGCAGAUGUAUUUGUUUUUAAUCGAACGGCUAGUAUUCGCUCCAGUGUAUCAAGCCUUGUCGCUUUACUUUCUCUCGCGAUUCGAAGGAAACAAUCAUGAUUUUGCGUUCAAGAAUUUAUGUAAACUAUACUGGCCACUGUUGACAACAAACUGGAAAUAUCUGUCCUUGCUUGUGUUCAUCAACGUGAAAUUCGUGCCACCAAUGCUUCGUGUCCUGUUUGGCAAUUUGAUUGGAUUCUUCUGGGUCCUGUUUGUAGCCAGCAAACGUCGUAAGGCGGCCGAAGCAACAGCAGCUGCUAAUUAGUCAUAAAUAAAGAUUCCAGUGCAAUUGAAUGAUGGGGCUGUGAAUGUUACAUUCGAUGUUGUUAUAAAUAAUCGCAAGCAAUUAUUUUGUGAAAUUUUAAUUGGUUUCGGGCAUGAGCCUCGGUUUUUUGUAUGGUAAAACGUUAAUAAACAAGUUUGGUUUAUACUUAGGUAAAUU